GGUGUGUAGAGAUAUAUACAGUACAGUCACUCUUCCAAGAUUUUUUCUAGCGUGUUUUUAGUGUUUGUUUUUUCAUUUUCCUUCUUAUUUUCUCGUGGUAUUUAAACCCCUUCCUUCACACCUUUUCUCUUCGUUCUUGACAAGCAAAGCCGCGGUGCUUGUUUCAAAGCCUGGUGGCGCCGACGGAGUGCUUUUUUCCGGGUUUUGUGUUUGAGUUGAGCGCAAGUAAAAUUUUGGGAUUGGUCCCUUUUCCCUGAUUCGAAUCAACGAGAAUUUUGCGGAAAAAGUGUUUUUAUCUUUUAAUAGAAAAGUGAGAUUGAUUCCUCCCUUUCCCUCUCGAUUCUUUGUUUGAUUUCGAUUGAAAUAUGGUAUUGAAAGUAGCCCCAGCUUCACUGCACUGGUCUCAGCCGUCAGUACCCCAAUCGCCGCCGUCUUUCUCCCAUACAUUGGCCUCCUCCAUCUCCUCCCCGUCUUCGCGGCGGCGGCGGAGCUUCGCUAGCGGCGAUGGAUCCCUCUUCUGCCGCUUCGUGGAGAAAUCCGACGUAUUCCUCGGCGCGAAUCCGCCGCGCUAUCUCCACCGCUCUCGAUCAUGCGGCAGCAAUAAGAGAUCCCGCGCUCGGACAAUCCGAAAAGCCCUAACCGCCAGCUUGGGUUCAUUCUCCGACGAAGAAUUCUCGAAGCAAAUUCAGGAAUUGGCUCUCAGAUUCCAGCUGAGCGAUGACGAUGAUGUCGACGCCAAUUCACAAUUGAAUGAAUUCGAGACUAGAUUCGCUAAUGCCGGUGCAGGUGAGGCGAAGUUCUCGGAGGGUUUGAAGCCGUUUGAUGCCUUGGUCGCACCCUAUUUCCCCUAUAGGGACGAGAUAAUUCCAUCUAAUAUUGAGAGGAUACCGAAUAGCGGUGAAAUCCCAUUGUCACUUGGGAUGAUCAAGAGAAAGGAGCAGUGGCAGGGGGGGCUUGUGGGGGCCAGAGGUGCGGCUUAUUGCUCGAUGAAAAAGGCGUUUUCGUCUAUGGUGUUUAUAAUCCGAGAGCUCCAUAGCUAUACAUUGCAGAUGAGGUCCUUUUUAUACUACGAGGAUAUGGAGGGGAUUGUAGCCAACGUGCAGAGAGAAAUGCACGCCUCGUUUGUAUGGUUGUUUCAGAAGGUUUUCUCUACAACCCCGACUUUGAUGGUGCAUGUGAUGAUACUCUUAGCAAACUAUAGUGUCUUCUCAAUGUCGAGUAAUGCAGCCAUAGCGGCUACAUCACCGAUGUACGGUGCUGCAGCAGCGGCCACCACUGAGGAGGUGUCUGUGAUCGAUGAGCAGGGCUUGUCCCGGAAGAAGUUUGAUGCAUCGAUCCUUAAGACACUGAAGCUCUCUUCCUCUACUGGGAAGGCAGCUUCGGUUGGAGGGAGCAACGGGAGUGGUGGCGGGAAGUUCCGGUCUGUUGCUAGUGGGACUGAUGGAGAUGGGAGGUUUGAUGAGUCGAGUUAUUAUAGUACCAUAGCGCCUGAUAGUGUGUCCUCGUUUGUGAACCCAUCUAGGACUAGUGGGGAGGAGUCUGUCUCGAGGCAGGUUUCUGUGGAGGAGGAAGCCACGUUGUGGGAUUCGAUUGUGGAUGAGGCUGCCAAGAUGCAGGCUGCACCGAAUGGCGAGGUUUUUGAUCAAGAAACGAAGGAAGGAUUCGUUUCUCCUGUUGAUGCUAGGAUUGAACAGGAUGACAGUUCAGAAUAUUUUAGAAUGGAGUUACUGUACCAAACAGAAUUGACUCAAGAACCCAACAAUCCACUUUUGCUAGCAAAUUAUGCUCAGUUUCUCUACCUCGUGGUUAGGGAUCUUGACAGGGCGGAGGACUACUUUAAGAGAGCCACGGAGGUGGAGCCAAAGGAUGCGGAGGCACUGAAUAAAUAUGCUAACUUCCUGUGGGCGGUGAGGAAUGAUCUGUGGGCAGCCGAGGAGACCUACUUGGAAGCCAUUGCUGCAGAGCCUAGCAACUCAUACUACGCAGCCAACUACGCCCAUUUCCUAUGGAACACAGGCGGAGAAGACACUUGCUUCCCUUUGAGCUCGCCCGAGGCAGAAUCAGAUGGUCUGUAAAACUCUUACAUUGGUGUGAUCAAGAGCAGGAGGCUCCCGCGAAUGGUCUUUGUUGAUGAUCAAACUCCUUGGAGAAAGAAAAAAGAGAGAAGAAAGAAAAUCAAUUUUAUUUUUGGGUUUUUUUCUUUGUUUUGAUUUUGGUGGGGUGCAAAGAGAGAUGCUCUUUGAUUUUAUUUUGUACUCUACCUACUUAUACACAUGCGAUUGGCAUAAUUGUAAUUAAACUCUCUUGUCAAUAAUUAAAUGCCAUUUUAUUCUCUUUGAAAGUUACAUUU